AUGAACAAGAGGAUGAAACUGAUGGUGAAGUUGAUAGAAGAAGAUGCAGACUCAUUUGCCAAGAAGGCAGAGAUGUAUUACCAAAAGAGACCUGAACUUAUUACCCUCGUCGAUGAGUUUCACCGUAUGUACCAUUCUCUAGCUGAGCGUUACGAGAACAUCACUGGAGAGCUGAGAAAAAGCUCACCGUUAGAGCUGCAGUCACAACUCACAAGGCUUGGCCGUCCUCCUUCCCGUCGUGCUCCCGGUUUUGACUACUUCCUUGGCUCUGGAGGACUUCCCUCUGUUAUUUACAACAAAGACGGAGAUGAUUCUGCUUCUGUUACAGACUCUGAGCUAGAGUCUGAUGAUUCUUCUGUGAUUAAUAACCCUUGUUAUGUGAGUGUUGGCUCUGACUUUCAGUCUUUGAUCAAGAGGGUCGCUGAUCUUGAGAUUGAGCUCCGUGAAGCUAAAGAAAGACUCAGAAUGCGAGAUGCUUGUGAGCAAGAACUGAGAGAUGCAAACGACAAGAUACAAAACUCAGAAGACCAAAUAUUUAUGUUAAAGAGCCAGCUCUCUAGAUACGUGCCAUCAGAGUUGGAUGAUGAAGAGACAGCAGCAGCAGCAGCUUCACACAAGAUAUGA